AUGGCGCCAAAGGUAGAAGGGGAGCAGAAGGCGGCGAAGAAGGGACCCAAGAAGGAGCCCGCCGCUAAGAAAGCCGUUCCCGCGGGAAAGAAACCCAUCGGCGAGAAGAAAGAGAAGAAAAAGGCUCGCAAGGCCGUCACGGAAACGUACAAGAUCUACAUCUACAAGGUGCUGAAGCAGGUUCAUCCAGACACGGGAAUUUCUUCCAAGGCCAUGUCGAUCAUGAACUCCUUUAUAAAUGAUAUUUUUGAGAAGCUCGCGACGGAGGCGUCGAAGCUCGCGCGGUACAACAAGAAGCCGACGAUCACGUCUCGCGAGAUUCAGACGGCAGUUCGGCUGACGCUGCCUGGAGAGCUGGCGAAGCACGCUCCCUACCUGCGCUUUCCCCCUCCCUCCUUGGUCCUCCCCUUUCCUCUUUUCCCUCCUCCCUCACUCCCUCCCCCUUCACUUCCCCCUCCCGCCUGA